AGAGAGAGAGAGAGAGAGAGAGAGAGAGGUGCCAUGUGCUUCCUGUCUACACGCCAUUCACCUCCCUGGGAUCCAGCGCGAUGGAGGUCCUGUUUGCGUCUGCUGCUGCACGCAAAUAAACUGAAAUAAAGACUCCAGCUCAAAGUUAUACUGACAGACCUCCUUGUCUGUGAGACUGCCCCUCUCUGGACUCUCUGGGCCUGUAUUUCCACUUAUUUAUUCAUAUUUACCAUCACCUUUUCACCCCAAACCCUGUUGGAGUGUGUCGUCUUUUUACGAGAGAAAGAUUUCCAGGGAUGGAGUCGACGCCCGGACAGCUUCGAGACGCGGGACGAGACGCCAGCUCACCCCCCAGUUCAAAGCAGGACGCACAGAGCUUCUCCAGCUCGAGCUCCCUCAGACCCAACCAAGUGAGCGAGACCUCCCUGUACGGGGUGCCCAUCGUAUGUCUGGUCAUAGACGGGAAGGAGAGGCUGUGCUUGGCGCAGAUUUCUAACACCCUGUUGAAGAACUACAGCUACAACGAGAUCCACAACCGCAGGGUCGCUUUGGGCAUCACCUGUGUGCAGUGCACCCCCGUGCAGCUAGAACUCCUGCGGCGUGCGGGGGCCAUGCCUAUCUCCUCCAGGCGCUGCGGCAUGAUAACCAAGCGGGAGGCCGAGAGGCUCUGCAAGUCCUUCCUGGGAGCGCACAGCCCCCCGAAGCUUCCAGAGAAUUUUGCAUUUGAUGUUACUCAUGAGUGCGCGUGGGGCUGCAGAGGCAGUUUUAUCCCCGCCAGAUACAAUAGCUCCAGAGCAAAGUGCAUCAAGUGCAGCUUCUGCAACAUGUAUUUCUCCCCAAAUAAAUUCAUCUUCCACUCCCACCGCACCACAGAGUCCAAAUACCUGCAGCCUGACGCGGCCAACUUUAACUCGUGGAGACGCCACCUGAAACUGACGGACAAAAAGGCUGAAGACAUUAACCACGCGUGGGAGGAUGUAAAGGCCAUGUUCAAUGGAGGGAGCAGAAAGAGGACUCUGCCAAUGAGUGGCUCGGGAAUGUCCUCUUCAAUGAAAUCUCAGGCCUCGUCCAGCCUGGCCCAAAGAAGCUCCCCUGAGGUCCCACACAAAAGUUUACGCUGCGACGACGAUCAGGGGAGUAAUAACCUGAGUUUGACGAGCGGCGCGCGGACCUACCCGGUCAUCCCUGUGCCCAGCAAGAGCUUUGGCAUGCUCCAGAAAAUCCCCCCACCUCUGUUCCCCCACCACCCCUAUGGCUUCCCGAGCUACGGCCUGUGUCAGAAGAAGACCGACGGAGUGUCUGACGCGAGCAAAACCAACGUGUCUGGUGUGUUUUGGCCCGGCGCAAAGGACACCCUCUACCCUGCGUUCCCCAUGUUCUGGCCUACAGCUGGAGGCCUCCCCUUGCCGCCUUACCCGGGAUCUCCACCCAAACCUCCCCCAGAGCUGCCAGGCGUCCGACAGAGCGAGCUCGACUUAUCUGACCAAAGCGACCGGGGCACACACAGACCCAAAGACACCAAUCUCCAGCCUCUCCAUCAACAGGACGGAGAGCGCUGCUCCAGCUCCCAGUCCUCCUCCACCCGGACUGACGAGGAUAAAUCCGGGGACGAGACCCACCAGAGGAAAAUCAGCUACAUUUCGGCCUUCAGACCUGUGGUCAAAGACGCGGAGACCAUCGCUAAACUUUACGGCAACCGGGAAGGCUAUGGCGCGCGUGCCUCUGGCUACCUGUCCCCGGAUUUUAUCAGCGAGAGCUCCAGUUACAGAUCCAUCUCCCCGGACAGAGAAAGUGUGGGUGAUGAAGACGAAGACCCGGACGUGGAUGUGGAGUCAAACCGAGGGCAAGACGAGGACGAGGCGAUUCAGAUCUCCCCUGGGGGGGUGCACCGUCACUCCCCCGUGCUGGACAGGGUGUCAUCUGGUGCUGAGGAGAGUCAGGAGCAGCCUGACGCCUCCAGCCCCGGAGCAGCAGCAACAUCACCGGAGGACUCAGUUCACACCGGGUCAUCAGAGGAGGACAGACGGAUGCGUAAUGGCUCUCCUCUUCAUGAAGUGUACGCUCAUGGCAAAGACGGCCACGUGCUCCUCAACGAGCCUCCGUCGAUUGGGUCCAAACAAUCGAGCAGCCCCCGCAGAUCCAACGGUGUUCAUCAUCACACGUCUGAAACACAGAACCAGCGUAAUACAACAUAUCAGGAGCAGAAGGACAGACAAGCCGAUGGAGCUUUACGCAUCGACAUCAGUGUGCACGAGAGAGAUCUGGAGAACAUGGCCAAAGAGGAAUUACAGAAGCAGCUUGUGGAACAAGUAGAGCUGAGGAAAAAGUUGGAGAGAGAAUUUCAGCAUUUAAAAGGUAGGACAAAAAAUAAUUUUCAGGAUCAAAUGAAGCGUGAGCUGUCCUACAGAGAGGAAAUGGUCCAGCAGCUGCAGAUUGUUCGAGACACUUUGUGCAGCGAGUUGGACCAAGAGAGAAACGCUCGUUAUGCAAUACAGCAGAAGCUAAAAGAAGCUCACGACGCCCUUCAUCAUUUCUCGUGUAAGAUGCUCACCCCUCGCCAGUGUACCGGAGCCUGCACCUUCAAACCCCCACUGCUGCCCCCAUAGGGCCCGGCGUUGCCCUCACCCGACCCCAGCACAGCCAAAAAAUAGAAAAGAUUCACUCCACCACACACACACACACACACACACACACACUCACACACACACACACACACGCACACACACACAGGUCCUGUUAUUCAGGGAUCACCAUCCUGCUGUAUAGACACACUUCUGAUUUUAGCACUUGAGUGAAAAUGUUGAGACUUGCAAAAGAUUUCAGCAGCGACCUCAUCUCCUGCAAAAAAACAAAAAAACAA